CGUAUUGCAGCGAGAGCAUUGGUGGUUACUAGUUUUUUUUCUUUUUUGAAUGAGAACCUUUGCCCGCGCGGCCCGACUUCCAUUCGUAUUUGAAGGCUGAGGACCUUCCCCCAGUACUCUGUAUAGUCCACUGCCAUUCGCAAUACUUUCCGUGUUUCAAGCUCGUUGACCAGAUAUUUCUGUCUGGCUGUGCUUACGACAUGUUUUCGAGAAUCUUUUCCAGCAUGUCUGGUUGGACUCAGAUUUGUCUUAUUACAUCACUGCUAGCUCCGCAACUAUACGCACAAAGCCUUUCUAAUUGCCAUCGCCACGGCUCAACUGAAUAUUGCUACGGCCCUGAUGGCCAAGAGACUCCUGUCACGACACAUCUUUCGGCUCCUUCAACCGCACCAAAUGCUGCAAGCGCAACUCCAACCGCUACAAAUGCGGCUCAGACAACAGCCAUCACGAGCUGCCACCUGCACGCCACCAAGACUUUUUGUAUCGCUGGAGACGGCAAAGAGGUUCAGGUAACGGGGCCGGCAGGGCCGAAUACUACGCCACCUACUCAAUAUACCGAUUGUCAUCGACAUGGAUCUAAGUUGUACUGCGUAGGCCCUAACAAUGAAGAAGUCGAGGUGUUGGCAGCAGAAGCCUCAAGUCCUACAGGAGGGCACGACGGCCACAACCAUGGCAAUGACCAGCAGGAGCUCGAUUGCCACUUUCAUGCAGGUGUAGAACAUUGUGUCCCAAAAGGCGGAUCGGAAAACGAGCCACAAUUAGUUUGUGACAGGAUCGACCGCAAUUACAACGUUCCUUACCGUAUUGGUUCGCUUUUCGCUAUUUUGAUCACCAGCGGUAUCGCCGUUUUCGCCCCCAUACUUUGGAAGCGGUUUUCUCCUUCGACGGCAAGCGCAUCGGCGUUUCUUAUCAUCAAGCAGUUCGGUACCGGUGUUAUGGUUGCUACUGCCUUCAUUCAUCUUUUGACCCAUGCGCAGCUUACGUUCGCGAACAGGUGUCUCGGACGCCUUCAAUACGAAGCCACGGCUACCGCCAUCAUGAUGGCGGGUCUGUUCUUAACUUUCUUGUUGGAGUACUUUGGCCAUAGAGUGAUGGCUUCGAGGAUUCGUCCAGAGUCUGACCGGGAGGGCUCGGUAUCUAGCUCAACACAGCAGGCAAACCAAAAGGAUUCGUCAAGAACGUGUGCCGUUGCUCCCGAGAUGUCCCAUCAGCAUGCACCACGAAGCGAUAAACUGAGUGUCAUUCUUAUGGAAGCUGGAAUUGUUUUCCAUUCUAUUAUUCUCGGUCUCACUCUCGUUGUUGCUGGAGAUUCGGCAUACACACCUCUGUUUAUUGUGAUUAUAUUUCACCAAAUGUUCGAAGGCUUGGCCCUUGGGUCCAGAAUUGCCGACCUUGCCAAGAUGGCGACCGGUAUGAAACUCAUCAUGGCAACUAUAUUUACACUCAUCACUCCAAUUGGUAUGGCUAUCGGACUUGGCGUCCGCAAGACGUUCAACGGAAACGAUAGAAGCACCAUUAUUGCGAUUGGAACUCUCGACUCUUUCUCUGCAGGCAUUUUGACGUGGGCAUCCCUUGUAAAUAUGUGGGGUCAUGAUUGGGUUUAUGGGGAAUUUAGACAGACUGGGGUUAUGAAAACCUGUCUUGGAAUGCUUUCUCUGCUUCUGGGUAUGAUUGCAAUGGCUGUGCUAGGAAAAUGGGCAUAAUGUUUAUGUGAGAUAUUUGCUUUUUUUUUUUUUCUUUUGGUACUGGCGGAGGAUUUUAUGGGAUUCAUACUGCAUUUCAAGCCUUUUAGACUUUUUUAUCUUUUCACUCUCUCUCAUGUCGUCCACACUCUCAUUUUAAUGUCACAUGAUAGUUAUUUUA